UGCCGAGGACGCAUUCAGCUGUCAGAGAUAACGCCGCUCAGCCUGCUCUUACCUGGAGUUUCACUAGGCGACCAUGGACUUAACCCAGGAUAGCGCUGUGGACAUUAUCCUGUGCUGACCCAUUUCCUCGCACGUUUCUUUCUCUCUCUAUAUUUGAGGUCUUCUUUCGUUUCUGCCAGGUGUAGUCGACCCUGAGCAACCAUGUCGGACAAGAUGUCCAGUUUCCUCCAUAUUGGGGACAUUUGUUCCCUGUAUGCAGAGGGCUCCACCAGUGGCUUUAUCAGCACGUUAGGGCUCGUGGAUGACCGUUGUGUGGUGCAGCCAGACACAGGCGACCUCAACAACCCACCCAAGAAAUUCAGAGACUGCCUCUUCAAACUGUGUCCUAUGAACAGAUACUCCGCACAGAAACAGUUCUGGAAGGCGGCGAAACCUGGAGGCAACAGCACCACUGACACAGUCCUCCUUAACAAACUCCAUCAUGCUGCUGACCUGGAGAAGAAGCAGAAUGAGUCUGAAAACCGCAAGCUGCUGGGAACAGUCAUCCAGUAUGGAAAUGUCAUUCAGUUGCUGCACUUGAAAAGCAAUAAAUACCUGACAGUAAACAAGCGACUGCCAGCGUUGCUGGAGAAGAAUGCCAUGAGAGUGACUCUGGACUCAGCGGGAAACGAGGGAUCCUGGUUCUACAUCCAGCCCUUCUACAAGCUACGAUCCCUGGGAGACAGUGUGGUGAUUGGAGAUAAAGUUGUUCUUAACCCUGUGAAUGCGGGACAGCCUCUACAUGCCAGCAGCCACCAGCUAGUUGACAACCCAGGAUGCAAUGAGGUUAAUUCUGUAAAUUGCAACACAAGUUGGAAAGUUGUUCUGUUCAUGAAAUGGAGUGACAACAAGGAAACGAUACUCAAAGGGGGCGAUGUAGUGCGCUUGUUCCACGCAGAGCAGGAGAAGUUCCUCACGUGUGACGAUCACAGAAAGAAGCAGUAUGUUUUUCUUAGAACCACCGGCCGCCAGUCUGCCACGUCUGCCACCAGCAGCAAAGCACUGUGGGAAGUAGAGGUGGUCCACCAUGACCCAUGUAGGGGAGGUGCAGGCUACUGGAACAGCCUUUUCAGGUUUAAACACUUGGCCACAGGGUGUUAUUUGGCUGCCGAGGUGGGUGAGGUGAACCCAGACUUUGAGGAGGAGAAUGCCGAGCAGCGGUCCUCGGUGGUGGACUUUACACCCUUUAAUUUCCAGCUGGAUGCUGAUAACGAAGCACUGCGAGGUCGUCUGCGAGCUCCGCAGGAGAAAAUCAUGUACACUCUGGUGCCAGUUCCAGACGGCAUGGAUAUCUCCUCCAUCUUUGAGCUGGAUCCUACCACACUGAGAGGCGGGGACUCCAUGGUGCCCAGGAGCUCCUACGUGAGGCUAAGACACUUAUGUACCAACACGUGGGUCCACAGCACCAACAACCCAAUUGACAAAGAGGAGGAGAAACCUGUUAUGUUACGGAUUGGAACAUCAGCAGUAAAAGAAGACAAGGAAGCUUUCGCCAUUGUACCAGUGCCGCCAGCAGAAGUGCGUGAUUUAGACUUUGCUAACGAUGCAAGUAAAGUAUUAGCAUCUAUUGCUGGCAAGCUGGAAAAGGGUACCAUAACACAAAAUGAAAGGAGGUUUGUGACCAAGCUUCUUGAAGAUCUAGUGUUCUUUGUGGUAGACAUCCCCAACAGUGGGCAGGAUGUUUUGGAAAUCAUGGUCAACAAACCCAACAGAGAAAGACAGAAACUCAUGAGAGAACAGAAUAUCCUUAAACAGAUUUUCAAACUUCUCCAAGCCCCUUUCACAGAUAGUGGUGAUGGUCCCAUGCUUCGAUUGGAAGAACUUGGGGACCAGCGCCAUGCUCCUUUUAGACAUAUUUGCAGGCUUUGCUACAGAGUGUUACGCCAUUCCCAGCAGGAUUACAGGAAGAACCAGGAAUACAUAGCCAAACAAUUCCGCUUCAUGCAGAAGCAGAUAGGAUAUGAUGUGUUAGCAGAGGACACAAUAACAGCUCUGCUCCACAACAACCGGAAGCUGUUGGAGAAACAUAUCACCGCUGCUGAGAUAGACACAUUUGUCACUCUAGUGAGGAAGAACCGGGAGCCAAGGUUCCUGGACUACCUGUCAGAUCUCUGCGUGUCCAUGAAUAAAUCCAUCCCUGUGACACAGGAGCUAAUCUGCAAUGCAGUACUGGACCCUACAAAUGCUGACAUCCUCAUUGAGACCAAAUUGGUCUUGUCGAGGUUCGAGAUCGAGGCAACGACAAAUGGAGAGAACCCAGUGGAGGCAGAGGAUGAAGAGGAGGUGUGGCUGUUCUGGAAAGACAAUUGUAAGGAAAUCCGAAGUAAGAGCAUCAGGGAGUUGGCACAGGAUGCAAAAGAGGGCCAGAAGGAAGAUCAGGAGGUGGUCAGCUACUACAGGUGCCAACUGAACCUCUUUGCCCGGAUGUGUCUGGACCGUCAGUACCUGGCCAUCAACAAGAUCUCUGGUCAGCUGGAUGUGGAUUUGAUCCUGCGCUGUAUGUCCGAUGAGGACCUGCCCUAUGACUUGCGCGCCUCUUUCUGCCGCCUGAUGCUUCACAUGCAUGUGGACCGUGACCCCCAGGAGCAGGUUACGCCUGUCAAAUAUGCCCGUCUUUGGUCUGAGAUUCCUUCCAAGAUCGCUAUUGAUGACUAUGACAACGAUGGAACCACCAGAGAUGAGAUCAAAGAGCGGUUCUGCCUCACAAUGGAUUUUGUGGAAAACUACCUGAGAGAGGUGGUGUCGCAGAACAUUCCGUUCACUGACAAGGAGAAAAACAAGCUUACCUUUGAGGUAGUGAACCUGGCAAGGAACCUCAUAUACUUCGGUUUCUACAACUUUAGCGACCUGCUUCGACUGACAAAGAUCUUACUGAACAUUUUAGACUGUGUACAUGUCAGUACCAUAUACCCCAUCAACAAGAUGGAGAAGGGAGAGGAAAACAAAGCUGGCAGCAAUGUCAUGAAGUCCAUUCAUGGAGUGGGGGAGCUGAUGACCCAGGUAGUUCUGCGAGGAGGCGGCUUGUUGCCCACCACACCAACUCAUCAGCCAGAGGGAGAUGUGGUCAAAACCCAGACUGAACCAGAAAGAGAAGACAUCAUGGUCAUGGACACGAAGCUCAAGAUCAUUGAGAUCCUGCAGUUUAUUUUAAAUGUACGGCUAGACUACAGGAUCUCCUGCCUGCUCUGUAUUUUCAAACGUGAGUUUGAUGAGAACAACCCACAAGGAGACAACACUGCCAGUCAGAAUGGAACCAAUAACGUCACGGGUCAGAUGCCAGGAAAUUUUGACUUUGAGAACAUUGAGGAACAGGCAGAGGGGAUCUUUGGAGGAAGUGAGGAGAACACUCCACUGGACCUGGAUGACCAUGGUGGUCGUACAUUCCUGAGGGUCCUGCUGCACCUGACCAUGCAUGACUACCCUCCUCUCGUGUCUGGAGCGCUUCACCUGCUCUUUAGACACUUCAGCCAGAGGCAGGAGGUCCUCAUGGCCUUCAAACAAGUCCAGCUGCUGGUGACAAGUCAGGAUGUGGAUAACUACAAGCAGAUCAAGUCAGAUCUCGACCAGCUGCGGUCUAUUGUCGAGAAGUCUGAACUGUGGGUGUACAAGAGACAAGGAGAGGAUGCGAUGGACGGAGAUGGACCUUCAGAGUCUGACAACAAAAAGAAGGGAGAUUCACUUGGUUCUGACAAAAAGAAAACAGAAAGCACCAGCAGUUACAACUACAGGGUUGUAAAAGAGAUCCUGCUGCGCCUCAGUAAGCUGUGUGUCCAGGAGGGGAGCUCAGGGAAGAAGAGUAAGAAACAGCAGCAGAGGCUGCUGAGGAACAUGGGAGCUCACAGUGUGGUGCUUGAGCUCCUGCAGAUCCCCUAUGAGAAGGGUGAGGAUGUCCGAAUGCAGGAGAUAAUGAAACUGGCUCACGAGUUUCUGCAGAAUUUCUGCGCAGGGAAUCAGCAGAACCAGGCUCUACUCCACAAGCAUAUCAACUUGUUCCUUAACCCAGGGAUCUUAGAGGCAGUCACCAUGCAGCACAUCUUCAUGAAUAACUUCCAGCUGUGCAGUGAGAUCAAUGAGCGUGUGGUUCAACACUUUGUCCACUGCACUGAGACUCAUGGUCGUCAUGUCCAGUAUCUGAAGUUCCUGCAGACCAUAGUGAAGGCCGAGAACAAGUUCAUUAAGAAAUGUCAGGACAUUGUCAUGGCUGAGCUGGUGAACUCAGGCGAGGAUGUUCUGGUCUUCUACAACGAUCGUGCCUCCUUUCAAACACUAGUCCAAAUGAUGCGUUCAGAGCGGGACCGCAUGGAUGAAAACAGCCCUCUCAUGUACCACAUCCACCUGGUGGAACUGCUGGCUGUCUGCACUGAGGGCAAGAACGUGUACACUGAGAUCAAGUGUAACUCCCUGCUGCCCCUGGACGAUAUUGUGCGGGUCGUCACCCAUGAAGACUGCAUCCCUGAGGUUAAGAUUGCCUAUAUCAACUUCCUCAACCACUGCUAUGUCGACACAGAGGUGGAGAUGAAGGAGAUUUAUACAUCCAACCAUAUGUGGAAAUUGUUUGAGAACUUCCUGGUGGACAUUUGUAGGGUGUGCAACAACACCAGUGACAGGAAGCAUGCGGAUACCAUUCUUGAGCGUUAUGUAACCGAGACGGUCAUGAGCAUUGUCACAUGUUUCUUCAGCUCUCCUUUUUCUGACCAGAGCACAAGUCUGCAGAUGGCCAGCCAUAUGUAUGCCGCCAUUCUUGGAAAGAUAACUGAGACUCGUCAGCCAGUAUUUGUACAGCUGCUUCAGGGAGUGUUCAGGGUAUACCACUGUAACUGGCUGAACCCUGUUCAGAAAGCCUCAGUGGAGGCUUGCAUUAAAGUACUCUCAGACGUGGCUAAAAGCAGAGCCAUUGCUAUCCCAGUUGACCUGGACAGUCAGGUGAACAACUUGUUUGUCAAGUCCAAUAAUGUUGUGCAGAAGAGCAUCCUCAACUGGAGACUAUCAGCAAAGAACACUUCCAGACGAGACUCCGGCCUGACUAGCUCCAAAGACUACAGAAACAUCAUUGAGAGGCUGCAGGACAUAGUGUCAGCGUUGGAGGACCGUCUGAGGCCGCUGGUCCAGGCUGAGCUCUCAGUGCUAGUGGACGUCCUGCAUCGUCCAGAGCUGCUCUUCCCUGAGAACACAGAAGCUCGCAAGAAAUGUGAAAGUGGAGGUUUCAUAUCUAAACUGAUCAAACACACCAAGCAGUUGCUGGAGGAGAAUGAGGAGCGUCUUUGCAUCAAAGUACUGCAGACUCUGAGGGAAAUGAUGACAAAAGACCGGGGCUAUGGGGAGAAGCUGGCACCUCCGCCCGAGCCCGAAGUCCCUGCCGAGGGAGAAGCUCUGCGACAGAUCUUGGUCAAUCGAUACUAUGGGAACGUCAAACCAGGCCAGAGGAGAGAUAGUCUCGCAACCUACAGCAACGGUCCCCUUACUUCUGGAGCGCAGGGAAAAUCACCUACAGUUGUCAGCUCCGGGGUCGGAGGUCGAGGUGAACUGAGUUUGGCGGAGGUCCAGUGCCACCUGGACAAAGAGGGGGCUUCUGAUCUGGUCAUCGACCUCAUCAUGAACGCUACCAGUGACAGGAUCUUCCAGGAGAGCAUACUGUUAGCCAUUGCACUACUGGAGGGUGGAAACACGGUCAUCCAGCGGUCAUUCUACCAUCGUUUAACAGGGGACAACAAGUCCGAGAAAUUCUUCAAGGUGUUUUACGAGCGCAUGAAGCUGGCCCAGCAGGAGAUCAAAGCCACUGUAACGGUCAAUACUAGUGACCUGGGCAGCAAGAAGAAGGAUGAUGAGCCACCAGACAAAGACACGCCAGCACGCAAGAAAGUUAAAGACGUGCCAGUGGUAGCAGUGGUGACUGAGGAGGUGAAGGAGCAGCUAGUGGAGGCCUCCGCUGUCACAAAGAAGGCCUUUACGACCUACCGCCGCGAGGCUGAAGCCGAAGAGCACCAAGCAGCUGCCGAUGGCUCUCCCGUUCCGACCACUGAGAAGGGCCAGGAGGAAGGCGAGAUGAGCGUCAUCAUCACAAUCAUGCAGCCCAUCUUGCGCCUCAUGCAGCUACUCUGUGAGAAUCACAACAGAGAUUUGCAGAACUUUCUGCGCAACCAGAAUAACAAGAACAACUAUAAUCUGGUGUGUGAGACUCUCCAGUUUUUGGACUGUAUUUGUGGCAGUACAACAGGAGGACUGGGGCUGCUGGGACUUUACAUCAAUGAGAAGAACGUAGGACUCAUCAACCAGACUGUGGAGAGCCUGACUGAGUACUGCCAAGGUCCCUGUCAUGAGAAUCAGAACUGCAUUGCCACUCAUGAAUGCAACGGUAUUGACAUAAUCAUCGCUCUCAUCCUCAAUGACAUCAACCCUCUCGGCAAGAAGAGGAUGGAUCUGGUGCUGGAACUCAAAAAUAAUGCCUCCAAGCUUCUUCUUGCAAUUAUGGAGAGUCGCCAUGACAGCGAGAACGCUGAGAGGAUACUGUACAACAUGAGGCCUAAAGAGUUGGUGGAAGUGAUAAAAAAGGCCUACAUGCAGGGGGAGAUAGAGGUGGAGGAGCCACAGGAGGGUGAGGAUGGAGAGGAGGAGCACUCCGCGUCUCCACGCAACGUUGGUCAUAAUAUCUACAUUUUGGCACAUCAAUUAGCCCGUCACAACAAGGAGCUACAGGCCAUGUUGAAGCCAGGGGGGACGUAUGGAGAGGGUGACGAGGCUCUCGAGUUCUAUGCCAAACACACAGCUCAAAUUGAGAUUGUACGACUAGAUCGCACCAUGGAGCAGAUAGUCUUUCCUGUGCCCAACAUCUGUGAGUUCCUCACCCAAGAGUCCAAGCUGCGUGUCUACUACACCACAGAGCGGGAUGAGCAGGGCAGCAAGAUCAAUGACUUCUUCUUGCGCUCUGAGGACCUCUUCAAUGAGAUGAACUGGCAGAAGAAGCUGCGAGGUACUCAAGAGGCUACUGGUAACACAAACACCGUUCCCUCCCAGCCCAUCCUGUACUGGUGCUCCAGGAACAUGUCAUUCUGGAGCAGCAUCUCCUUCAACCUGGCUGUGCUCAUGAACCUGCUUGUGGCCUUCUUCUACCCUCUGGAGGGUAUCCGUGGAGGGACCCUGGAGCCCCAUCUGUCUGCCCUGCUGUGGAUGGCAAUGCUGGUGUCUCUGGCGAUAGUCAUCAUCUUGCCUCAGCCUCACGGCAUCCGGGCACUCAUUGCCUCCACCAUCCUGCGCUUGAUCUUCUCUGUAGGCCUGGAGCCCACCUUACUCCUGCUGGGGGCUUUCAAUUUAUGCAAUAAGAUCAUCUUCCUGAUGAGCUUCGUUGGGAACCGAGGAACCUUCACACGUGGCUAUACAGCCAUGAUCAUGGAUGUGGAGUUCCUGUACCACCUGCUCUACCUGAUUAUCUGCACCCUGGGGGUCUUCGUCCAUGUCUUCUUUUACAGCUUGCUCCUCUUUGAUCUGGUUUACCGAGAAGAGACUUUGCUGAAUGUAAUAAAGAGUGUGACACGCAAUGGCCGCUCCAUUGUUCUGACAGCCGUGCUGGCUCUUAUCCUGGUCUACCUCUUCUCCAUUGUGGGUUAUAUCUUCUUCAAAGACGAUUUCAUUUUGGCUGUCGACAGAAUACCCAACAAAACACUAGAGCAUGGAGCCAGUAUGGUGGGAGAGUUCUUCUCCGGUGGAGUGUGUCAAAAAGAAAACAGAGAAAACUGCUCAGCAGAGGCCAUGAUGGAUGCUUCCCUUGCCAUCCAGCCUUCAGCGGUGGUGAUCGAGGACAAGGAGCGAACAUGUGACUCCUUGCUCAUGUGCAUUGUCACUGUAUUGAGUCAUGGCCUCAGGAGUGGAGGAGGUGUUGGGGAUGUUCUGCGGAGGCCGUCCAAAGAGGAGCCCCUUUUUGCAGCCAGAGUGAUCUACGAUCUGCUCUUUUUCUUCAUGGUCAUCAUUAUUGUCCUCAACCUUAUCUUUGGUGUCAUCAUUGAUACAUUUGCCGACCUGAGGAGUGAGAAGCAGAAGAAAGAGGAGAUCCUGAAGACAACAUGUUUUAUUUGCGGUCUGGAGAGAGACAAGUUUGACAAUAAGACGGUUACCUUUGAGGAACACAUCAAAGUUGAGCACAACAUGUGGCACUACCUGUUCUUCAUCGUUCUGGUGAAGGUCAAGGAUUCGACAGAGUACACUGGCCCAGAGAGCUAUGUGGCCGAGAUGAUCAGGGAGCACAACUUGGACUGGUUCCCACGAAUGCGGGCCAUGUCCUUGGUCAGCAGCGAUGCAGACGGGGAGCAGAAUGAGAUCAGAAACCUGCAGGAGAAACUGGAGUCCACCAUGAAACUGGUGUCCAACCUCUCGGGCCAGCUGACGGAGCUCAAAGAACAGAUGACAGAACAGAGAAAGCAGAAGCAGCGGAUUGGCCUGUUGGGACACCCUCAGCACAUGAACCUCAACCCCCAGCAGCCUGCGUAAGGUUGACUGACAUGGCUCUGAAGCGGUGCAGCAUCGACUGUGCGUCCGGACGGAGUGUGCCAUAGACGGAGGCUGCACCUCACGUAUACUGUACUGAGCGUGAGUUUAAAUUAUAACGGUAGGGAAACACUGUAACAUAGGUAGUCAUAAGACGAUGUGUAGCUCUAUCCCACGCACAUGUUACUCCAAACAGUAACCUUCACCCACCUCAUUCUGUUCGGUCCAGUUGGAAAUUGUGCCAAAUGUCUUCUGUGUAGAAAUAAAUUGGAUUUCUCACAACAUGGCCUUUACUGGUUGAACUUGAAACAUGAUGGGGCUGACUGGACAGGAGGAAUUGGUCCCAUUUGUUUUCAUUGCUUAUUUUAUUUUAAUGUUUUCUGUUUAUAUUUCUGGCAUAAUGAGCAGUAUUAAAUGUCUUAUUUUUCUAUGUUGUGCAAUAUAUUAAAUAUGCAACCUCAAUGGUGUGUGGGUUUAAGUUCCAUCGAUCAUGUCUUACUUAAAAGAGUGGGCCUACAUUUUUAUUUUUGUUUGUACUUAAUUGUCUCUGGAUAAAAAAAACGAGUCGUUGGUUGUCUUUACUUGCGCAAAUAUAGAGAAAAUAUUUAAUAAGCUGGCCUUCUUAAUUUUACUUUUUUCUUUUAUUUCUUGAAAAUGUGCAUACUUCUCGAGUGUCAUCUGCACUCAGUAGAGAUAUAGUAUAUUGUGUGAGAGCAAUAUAUACAGAUAGUUUUCUUUCACCGGUGUACAUGUGGUAUCAUAUCUCUAACUUAUUUGCUAACUUAUUUUAUGAUAAAUUUGCUCUCUUAUUUAAUUUGGUUCUAAAGGACAUUUAGAAUGUUUGACCUGUCUGUCAAAUAUACCGUAUAAUUUAAGCGUCACUCGUGCUUUUACAAUUUACUCAGGAGUUGCGUAACUUUUACUUUAAUAAACAUCAUUAGAAUAAUUUCCUAUGUUUUGCAGCAAACAUGUUCCAUUUGUGCCUGUUGUCUCCAUUUAAAGUCUGAUAAAAGUUUGCUGCUUGUGCAGGGUCACUAAACUUAAUGCUCAUGUUCACCAAAAUGUAUGAGCUGGUUUUCAUGCUACUCUUAGAAAUUUUUUUGGACUACUGUGUGUACAUAACGUUUGCUGCUUACCUUUGCUUUUGUAUAGAAAAAUGAGAUGGAGAAAAAAACUGUUACUCAAAAUGAAUGUUAAGAUGAAUUAAAAAUCUAAGC